UGCGCGGAUCGACUUUCACAUCCGAUCCGUGCUUGCGUCACUCGACCGCAAUUUAUCGAUUUUUUCCAUGGUUACCGAAAGAUUCGAGGGUGGCUAUUUUGUGUUUGUGACAUGUACUCCUAAUCAGAAUAAUUCGAAUAAUGAAAGUGACCGUUAAACAGUGGACUGGGGUGGCUUCUUGGAAAUGGAUAGCGAAUGACGACAACUGCGGAAUCUGUCGCAUGCCGUUCGACGGUUGCUGUCCCGACUGCAAACUGCCGGGAGACGAUUGCCCUUUGGUUUGGGGUCAGUGUUCGCACUGUUUCCACAUGCACUGCAUCGUCAAGUGGCUACAAUCGCAACCGGUCAACCAGCAGUGUCCCAUGUGCAGACAGGAGUGGAAAUUUAACAACAAAUAAAAU